AUGAAGUCCGGACUCCUAGCUUUGGCAAUAGCCCUCUUCGGAGUUGUCCGAGCUGAGAACUCAACCUUUCAAAACCCCAUCAUUAGCGGCUUCAACCCUGACCCCAGCUGCAUCUUUGUUCCAGAUUUGAACAAUACCUUCUUCUGUGUCACGUCCAGUUUCCUGGUUUUCCCUGGCCUACCCAUCCACGCAAGUCGAGACCUGGUGCACUGGAAGCAUGUUUCCAACGCAUUCAGUCGAGCAGACCAGCUGCCAGGUCUAGCUUUUCUGCCAAAGGCAACCAGUGGCAUCUACGCACCCACAUUGCGAUUCCAUGAGGGCAUCUUCUACCUUUUAUGUACUCUUGUAAAUCAGCAACUCCCGAGAACAAAUGACAGUCGUUGGGACAACUUUAUCCUCACAUCAACAGACCCAUACAGCUCAGAUUCUUGGUCGGAUCCCGUUCAUUUCAGCUUCCCCGGGUUCGACCCUUCACCAUUUUGGGACGAUGACGGCAAGACGUACGUCUCGGGUGCUCACACAGCCGCGUACUACCCAGGUAUAAUGCACGCGCCGCUCGAUCUGGAGACUGGAGAGAUCGGAGACAUCAUCAUGCCCUGGAAUGGUACCGGCGGGCGGUCUCCCGAGGCACCUCACAUCUGGAAGCGUGAUGGGUGGUACUAUCUACUCCUUGCUGAGGGUGGCACCCGUGAGAAUCACAUGGUCACAAUGGCUCGAUCAAAGAGCCUAGAGGGACCUUACGAUCCAGCACCGGCAAACCCACUGUUGACUUCUGCAAAUGAUACUACCUCCUACUUCCAAGCUGUCGGGCACGCAGAUUUGUUCCAAGAUGCUGAUGGGUAUUGGUGGUCCGUCGCCCUAGCAGUUCGCGCUGGCGGCACCUAUGGCCAGGACCCCGGAGCAUACUUUGGCAACCUGCCGAUGGGCAGAGAGACGGUACUUACGCCCGUCACUUGGGAGAGGGAUGAGUUCCCAGUGUUUACGCCGGUCACUGGCAAUGUCUCUGGCUGGCCGCUACCCGCAAAAGCUAUCCCAGAUGAGGGAGAAGGUCAACUCAGCGACGCAGACGAUGUUAUCACCUUUCCGCCGGGAAGCAGUCUGCCUAUUCAUUUUAUCCAUUGGCGCCUGCCAAAGGCUAGAAACUACGCGGUCUCGCCACCAGGUCACUGGAAUACACUGGCGCUGAAGUCUUCGGUACUCAAUCUCACGGCUUUCGACGCUGACUUUGCCUUGGGUCGUGGUCAGACUUUUGUCGGACGGCGGAUGGCUCAUUCGCUCUUCAAAUUCCGUGUUGAUGUCGACUGGGCAACGUCAUUGACGAAGGAAGAGAUGGAGGUCGGCGUCUCAAUUGUCCAAGAUCAAGCACAACACUUUGAUCUUGGUAUUGUCAUGUUGAAGCCAAAGGGAAGUGAGGAUCUUCGACCGCAUCUUCGGUAUCGUGGUAUCUCGGAAACACCGUAUAGGGCGGUCGAACAUCCGCCUAAUGGGAUUUACCCACUUCCUGGUGGUUGGGCUGAGCAGAAGAUUUCGCUCCAGAUUGAGGCUGUUAACAGCACUCAUUUCGCAUUUUCUGCCGGCCUUGCGGGUCUCAGGGAAGACUCCGAUCUGAGAGUCUUCGGAUAUUGCAAGGGGACCGAGUUGGUUCCUUACUACUCUGGUUCCGUGGUUGGCGUGUACGCAACAUCUAAUGGGAAGCAUGGAGAGCAGGCGUUUGAGACAUACAUCUCCAACUGGCGGUACAGGGGAAUCCGACAGCUCAGAAGCCAGAAGGAUGUCGACGAUGCUGACAACUCUAGUACUUAG